AUGGAGACUAUUCUUAUCUUUCCCCUGCUUAUUGCUGCCACCGUUGCUGUAUAUACUUUGGCUGCUAAAAUAAUCAACUCAGCCGGAAACACCACAUACAACGCCAACCCCGCCGAAUUUGAGCGCUCCCUAGAGACUCUUUGUCGAAUGUUUCCGUCGCUGCAAGAGGAGCAAUUAAGGGCGUUGUUGAUGAAGAGUUCCGGGUCUCUCGAAAAAACAAUCUCAACCUUGCUUGAUAUGAAUGCAAAAAGAGAGUCUCAAAACACCAAAGCCUAUCAAGGCACUGGUCUUGAUAGCAAGUUCCAUCCAACCAAUCAGCCCGACCAUACAUGGUAUGACGACCCCAUACUCCGCCAUCAAAGUUUACAGCAACGAAAAGCUGCCGCCGUAGAAAAGGCGCGGUCUAUGUUUCUGGAAAAGAAACUAUCUCAACAAUAA